AUGGAAGAAAACCCUUCCCAACAACACACCAAACCCACUGAGUCAACAAACACAAUCAUUUCAAACGCCACCACCACCAGUAACUGCACCAACAGCACGAGCAGUAACAAUAGGAAGUGCAAAGGCAAAGGAGGCCCAGACAACAACAAGUUCAGGUACCGUGGAGUUAGACAAAGGAGUUGGGGCAAAUGGGUCGCUGAGAUCCGAGAGCCGCGUAAGCGUACACGCAAGUGGCUCGGCACUUUUGCAACUGCCGAAGACGCAGCUCGUGCUUAUGACCGCGCCGCCAUCAUUCUCUACGGUUCUAGAGCUCAGCUCAAUCUCCAACCCUCAAACUCUUCCUCUCAAUCUUCUUCUUCUUCCGCUCGUGGUGGCUCUUCUUCUUCUUCUUCUUCCACUCAAACUCUUCGCCCUUUACUUCCUCGCCCUUCUGGGUUUGGAUUUUCAUUCUCUUCUGCUCCUUCAAUGACUACUGUGCCAUUUGGGCUUUACCCUAGUCCUUUACUUUGUGCUAACAAUAUAGUACAAAGUCCUCAGCAACAACAAAUAGUGCAGCAGUUUAAUCAAUAUCAGCCUUGUGAUGGGACUGUCACACCUACGACGACUACAACAACAACAACCUCGUACCCAAACCCUAAUGAUCAACAACAACAUGAGGGUUUUUUGUACAAUGAAUUUAACAGGCUUGUGGCGUCAGUCGAUUCGAACUUGACUUUGAAUACUACACAACCUGGAGUUGCACCGGUGGGUCCGGAUCCGAUUGGGGCAAUCGGACCUGGAUCUCCACCUAUGUGGCCUUUGACAAAUGAGGAAGAGUAUACACCAAGCCUUUGGGACUAUGGGGAUCCUGAUCAGUAUGUUGAUGACCCUUUCUUGUUUGAUUUUUAAGGUUUGCAUGUCUGUUUUGGGAAACAAGAGAAUAUUAUUUAUUCAAUUUCUCUAUAAGGUUUAUGCACUUAUUAGUAUGUUGAAGAUCUAUAGCGGAUUCUAAUAUUUUGGGGACCAAGGCCAGGUUGUUGUUGGUACUGGCUUGCAUGCAAGUUAAUUCUCGAGGUGUUUUUGGUCCUAUACUAGUGUCUGGGUAAUUCAGAUUGAUAUUUUUGUUUGAUUAUGGUGUCAAGGAAAAGGUUUUACAAGAUUGAGUUGAAAGUUGAAACUAUACCCUUGCUUUGGUUAGUGUUGUGGGACUACAAUUCGGGUUUGAGAUUAAUGUAGAAGAUGGAGUGUAAUAAGAGUUGCAAAAGUGGUUGAGGUCAGGAUCAUAUAAGGGAUAGCUGGACCGCGACCAAGUGAUUGAGGAGCCAAUUAUCUUAGUCUAUGUUGCUUGUGUUUUCUUUGUGAGGAAGGAAGCGAACUAAAGGUAUUGUUGCUUGUACCAGGUAAGGAAGAUUUUAUAAUUUGGUGGAGUUUCUGGGUGAGAAUUCUUUAUUCUCAUUAAAGUUACAAGGCUACUCGGCAUGGACUUUGUUGUUGAAGAAAAAGCAUAUUGUUCAGUAAAAUUAUAUCUAUGUUAGUCAAUAUAUUGCUAGAAGAAAUUAAAUUUAAUUAGUACAUCCUUUUAUAUCUAAAGUUUGCAUGAUGUGAUUUUUUUUCUCUCUCUCUCUGUAGAAAUGCUUCCAGUGGAGGCAUUUCAGUUUUAGAUCUGUCAUUGCUUUUUCUUCUGAUUGCUUAUUUUGAAGUGGA